AUGCAGGUGUGUUUUGAACCUGGUCCAUUUCCUUCCCUCACAAAGAAUGACUACAAAGCCCAUGAUAAACUCGAAGUACAUCCUUCGGAGGCUGAGAGCAUCAAAUCAGUGGUCCAUCGUGCUGAGACGCUGAAGCUUAUUGAGGAACUAACCCCUGGAGAUCAUGAUGCUGAGGAAUUGGCUGCCAUCCUUUAUGACAUCAACCUUCAGUCUCUGUUGUGGGCUCAUGAUGAAAUUGCUGAAAAGAAUUUUGAAGAGGAAUAUGAAACACAACAGUUGGAUUCUCCUCCUCCGCCCGUUUUCUCCUCAAUACAAGAUUCAGUUCGAUUGGUUGGCAUUAGAAAGAACAAAAAUGAACCUUUGGGCAUAACAGUGAAGUUAGACGACAACAACGAACUAAUUGUGGCCAGAAUCAUCACUGGAAGUAUGAUUGCCAAACAGGGUUUGCUUCAAGAAGGAGACAUCAUUAAGGAAGUUAACAGUAUUCCUGUACAAUUACCAGAACAACUUAUGGACAUCAUAAAACAUUCUAACGACAGCAUUAUGUUGAAAAUCUGGCCAAACCUCCAAAGACAAAGUCGAAAAUCAGACGUGUUCAUUAAAGCGCAUUUCAAUUAUGACCCCUACAAGGAUCGCUUGAUUCCAUGUAAAGAAGCUGGAUUGCCUUUCAAAGAUGGUGACAUCCUUGAAAUCUUAUGCAAUGAUGAUGCCAACUGGUGGCAGGCUCGGAAAGUUAAUGGAGAUAGCAUAGCAGGCAUCAUUCCAUCACGAUCAUUGGAAGAAAAAAGAAAAGCUUUUGUUUCACCAGAGUAUGAUUACUCAAAAAGCUUCUUCUGUGGUUUUAAAAGGAAAAAGAAGAUCAAGUACAACACUAAAAACAACAAAGACUAUGACAAAUGUGAAAUCAUGAUCUAUGAAGAGGUAAUUAAGAUGCCGCCUUUCCAGAGGAAAACUCUUGUCCUUGUUGGAGCUUCAGGAGUUGGUAGACGAUCUCUCAAAGAAAGGCUCAUAAAGUCUGACCCCACAAGGUUUGCUGCAGUUAUGCCACACACCUCAAGAGCUCCAAGGGAGGGUGAAGUCCACGGACAAGGUUAUUUUUUCAUGGAACGUGAGGCAAUGGAAGAAGAUAUCCAAAAUGAGAAAUUUUUGGAACACGGCGAAUAUAAUGGCAACUUGUAUGGCACAAAAAUAGAUUCGAUUUUUCAGGUGAUCAGAUCAUCCAAAAUGUGUGUCCUUGAUGUCAAUCCAACAUCAUUAAAAGUGUUGAAAACUUCAGAUUUCAUGCCUUUCAUUGUAUUCAUUGCGGCUCCAAACUCUGAUGUACUGAGAAAGAUGUACGAGAAUGGAAGAAGAGCUACUGGUUACAAGAGAGGGGGAAGACCAGCAGAGAUAAAAUCGGAGGAAAAUUUCCUGGAGAUGGUUGAAGAGAGUAUGCAGAUUGAACAAGUCUACAAAAGUUAUUUUGAUUUGACGAUCAUUAAUGAUGACUUCAACCAGUCGUUUGAAACACUCCAAAAAGCUGUUGAUGAGCUGAGCCAUGAAACCCAAUGGGUACCACUCAACUGGGUCUACUAG